CCUCCGAAACUCCACCCCACGGCGUCAGGGCUUGAUCUAUAGUGGAGGAAGAAGAGAUAAACUUGACAAAGUGGCAGCUGUCACCAAAUGGGAUUUCUGGAGGGGACAGGAGCGGACUAGCGGAGGCGCAUUUGGAAGACGAAGAAAGACGAAGGAGGCGCGCUGCUCGUAACUGGGAGAACUUGCUCUUUCACACCCGGUCUUUUUUUUUUGGCUGUGGAUUACAAAAGUGUACACUGAAAGUGGACCAAGAACCGCCUUUAUUCCUCACACUUGACGGAUUGUGUCAGAACAAUGAACGCGUCACAGCCAGAUCGCAGGAAAACCAUGCGUGACUUGGCUGUGGAGAUUGGCAUCCGAGUUCUGCUCUUUGGAGUUUUUGCAUUUACUGAAUUUCUGGAGCCCUUUGAAAGAGUCAUUCAACCUGAGGAGCUUUGGCUGUACAAGAAUCCACUGGUUGAGUCCGAUCAUAUUCCCAAGAGGGUCAUGUUCGCAAUCUCCUUCCUUACACCACUGGCUGUGAUUUUUGUUGUGAAGAUAAUUCAGAGGACUGACAAGACUGAAAUUAAAGAGGCAUGUUUAGCUGUAUCACUGGCUCUCGCCCUGAAUGGAGUCUUCACAAACACCAUCAAGUUGAUUGUCGGCAGACCCAGGCCCGACUACUUCCAGCGAUGUUUCCCAGAUGGCCAAGUGAAUGCAAAGAUGCUGUGCACCGGAGAGCCGCAUCUGGUAUCAGAGGGACGCAAGAGUUUUCCCAGCAGUCAUUCCUCUUUUGCAUUUUCUGGGCUUGGUUUCACUUCCUUCUACCUGGCGGGGAAGCUGCAGUGCUUUACCUGUCAGGGUCGAGGUCGGAGCUGGCGUCUCUGUGCCACGGUGCUGCCCCUCUACAGCGCAAUGAUGAUUGCCUUGUCCAGGACCUGCGACUACAAGCACCACUGGCAAGAUGCCUUUGUUGGAGGAGUGAUCGGGCUGCUGUUUGCAUACAUCAGCUAUCGCCAGCACUACCCCCCCUUUCUGCACACGGACUGUCACCUCGCCUACGCCAGCCUGACUGCCACCCCUCACAGCCCCCCGCAUCCCCAGGAGGAUCAUCGGCCCAUUGAAAAUGCCACCACCCUCCCCGUAGAGGGCUUGACCGAAGCGCCACUAUGACUAGUGGCCACCACCGAGACCAGUCACACCAGACCAGUGAACCCCCCUCCACAUGACUGACUGGCUACAUGGCUCUUGUGUACAUUCCAGAGGACAGUAAGCCACGCCCCCCCUCCAUCCUGGUAUAUACCGUCUCGGUGUUCACUACUUUCUUCUUUGGGUGUUUUAUACUGUUCUUGCUUUGCAGCUGUGAAAGUCUAUAUGUAAAUAUAAUCUAAGAGGUAUCAUACAUGCUUUGGAAAUAUGAGGAACUGAUAUUGGAUAUUAUUUGUUGUUCAAGUUGUUGCAUAUUCAGAAGUGUAUCAGUCAAGAAGUAGUCUGAAGCUGGCAUUAGUUGUAAACACUUGAAAGUGUUUUGCCUUAUUGAAAGGUGGUAGUCCUGACCGGGUGUGCGUGCUCAUGUUUUUGGGGGCUUAUGGUGCUACAUGUACAGAAUGUCGCUUGCAUCUAACCGAUUCUCAUGGUUGGAUUUCCACGUCAUGAUGUGUCACUAUAGUGCAGCCAUUAUUAUUGCAGCCCCAUCCACCCAUCCAUUUUCUAUACCCCUUAUUCUCAUUAGGGUCACAAGGUAAGCUGGAGCCUAUCCCAGCUGACUUUGGGCCAGAGGUGGGGUACGCCCUAGACUGACCAGCCAAUCACAGGGCACAUAUAGACAAACAACCAUUCACACUCACAUUCAUCCAUCUAUCCAUUUUCUAUACUGCUUAUCCUCGUUAGGGGUGGUGGUAUGCUGGAGCCUAUCCCAGCUGACUUCAGGCGAGAGGCGGGGUACACCCUGGACUGGUCGCCAGACAAACAACCAUUCACACUCACAUUCAUACCUAUGGACAAUUUGGAGUCGCCAAUUAACCUAGCAUGUUUUUGGAAUGUGGGAGGAAACCGGAGUACCCGGAGAAAACCCACGCUCAUACGGGAGCAUUGUCAUGUAUAAAUAAGUUGAAGUGUUAGAGUCAUUCAAUAAAGACAACAUGCAUUCCACUUCAGAUGGCAAGACAUAAAAACAAGCAUGAUUUUCUAGUCACUAAGAAAGGUGUCCCACUUGAUUACUUGUUACUGCUGUAACUUGUUAAAUACACGUUUAAUUAGUGAAAUAGCAAAUAGACAUGCACUCUAUUUGCAGCCAGAUAAUCUGCUUUAUGGCAGCCUCAUAAUAAGCAAUCCUUGCUGCUUUGCCCCACUUGACACCUUGGCAUCUUUUGCUCAGCCAAAGACCUGCGACCCACUUCAAAACGGCUCCAGAUCGUGACCCACGAGUUGAGAGUCACUGGUCUAGUUCAACGUGAGUGCUUUAAGCAAACAACAAAUUAUUAUUAAUGUGACAUACAAUUAAAGUAUUAGAAUUGCUCCUUGCCAGUUCUUAGUUAUAGCCAAUACCUUUUAUAAUAAACAUAAUCCAGUCCAUAUCCAACAUACACGCAAAAGGCGUUGUAGUCUUUUCCACCUCCCUAACUCCCCACUGCAGGUCCUUGCAGUCUUCCAUCGUGUAGCAGUGUGAACCGCCAUGUUUGGUGGGUUGGUUCCUGAUUGGUAGCAACUGGGGUUGUGCUUUUGGCCCCUAUCAUCACUGUGAUUUGUCACUUAUAUAGAGGAGGAGCUUAACCUGAUAUCACAUGUUUAACCGUCCAGACAAACUCUAAAUUCAUUUCUAGAAACUCAAACCUCUUUCACAUCACAACACACACUCCGUAUUUAUGCUCUUGCAUCCACUGUAAUGCAAGAACAUAAAAAAUACAAAUGUACCUUUAAUCGUGGAUGCUACUCUGGGAAACAGAUAAAAUCAGUGUGUGAAAUUAAGAAUCUAGUCUGAAUUAUGAGACCUCAAUAUUUCUUGUGUCACCAUAGCAACGCAAUGAUGAAUGGAAACCAAUAACCUCCGAGAAGCAGUGGUCCACGUGUAGGACUAUAUUAAUAUGUAACUUCAGUCUACGACUCCAACACACUGUCAGGGUUCCAUUUCUUUCUCCAUCUCUUGCACUUGUGUAUUUCUCAUUUGAAAUUGCAAUCUCACAUCUAACCUCACUGUCACAGCUGUCCACCUACAGCCCCUAAAUCCAAAUUUAUAUAGCCUUCCUCUUGGACACGUGACCAGAGUAAAUGAAAUCAAUAAGAGGCAGGUGAGGAUGGCAGAAUAGAAAACGACAUCACAAAUCCUCAUUAAAGGGGACAUAUUAUGCCUUUUCCACUUUCCUGGCCUAUAAAUAUUGCUAUAAUGUUGCAUUCUUGUGUUAAACGAUGCCGAAGCAUGAGAUGAUAACAUUUGCACACUUGAACGUGAGCCCUGAAAGAAGUUUUGGAUGGCUCUGCACGCUUCGUUUUAGUGUUUGUUUCUAACACAGGCGGGUUAUCAAGUUCUACUGAUGUCAAUUAGAUCCAGACUUCCUUAUAUGGGCUGCAUAUAGUCUUCACUCAGUAAACAUGGAUCUAUGUAUCCGGAAGUCCUCGGGAGCGCUAAGGAGUGUGACAAAUCACAGUGGAGUGGGCUUACCUAGAGGAGGGCUGCGGGUGGAGUAAAUUAAACAGACCAUUUGGUUCGAAAGCAGGAAGUCUAUGGAAACACUACAGAAAGAGGUGCAGAAUCUGGAAGAUCUAGAAAGCUUUCUGUAGCUGCUCAAUAGGAGCAAUACAAAGCGGGCUGAAAAUGAGCAUAAUAGGUUCCCUUUAAGGGGAAGUCACUUCCACUGCAGUUUAAUGAGGCCAUCACCACUUUAGUAUAUGAGGACCCCAAGGAUUGGCCAAGCACUGCAAAAUCAGCAUACAGACUGUAACUAGUACACGAAUAAAUACACAAUCAGGCACUCAUGAGAGAACAUACCUAACCUGCAAACAUCACCGACAGUGGAACCUCUUUAGCCAAUGUUUGUGGAAAAAUACACCUCAAAUAUUUCUUAAAAAAACACCUUACUGUGUGACGUCAGGAAGCAUUAAAAGCAUCAACUCUUCACAUGUUUUACAUCUGCUUGAGGUUCUUUCCUUGUUUUUUUGUGAUUUAACCAUGAAAGGGUGCUCCUGAGGAAAAGAGUGAUGAUAACCAUAGCACCAGAAUUUUUUAAAGAUUUUUUUAAAGAUAUUUUUUUUCGAUGUACACAAAAGGCCUAUUUCUCUCAAAUCUGAAAUAACAAAUCCACCUCACAGUUGUAGCAUAUCAAUAUGCUGAUUAUACAGCAUGAUGACAAUGUUGCCUUGUUUAUUUGGGGGGCAGGGGGGGUGGUAGGUUCCCAAAACAGCCCGCAAUAAGGGAAAUCUGAUUUAUUAGUAUAUGUGAUUUAAUUAGUAUAUCUGUUGUAAGGCUGUAAAACCCUCACUAUAUACUUUAUACACUUUUGCAGACAUCAAUUAACAUUUUUGUUUCUCACAAAAGGUCAAACUUUUGUUUGAAUUUUAAUGAUUAACCAACAAGGUUGGACAAAGGAAAUUAUUAAUUCACAUGUAUUUCACUCCUCAGAUCGUGCCUUUUUGUCGUCCUGGCGCUGUACCGUAACAUUUUUGUAUCCUUGUUUUCCUCCUUACUUCCUCUUUCUCGAAUGGCACCCCAACUACUUCUUCCUCCUCUUCCUCCUCUUGGGCGGCUUCCGCUGACAAAGCCUGUUAAAUUGUAGAAGUGAAGAAGUAUAUUUUUAAUAGAUUUUCUGACCUGAUGUUUGCAUUUCAUCAUCUGAUUUGAAGGAACAUCACCUCCUCAUUAGUCUUACUUCAGUUCCACUCAUACAUGCAAUAUAUACACAUGACAUUUAUUCAGAUGGAUGAUGUUUGUUCAAACAAUGCAUGGAAAGUUGAAGUUUCAACAUUUGACACUUUCUGUAACACAACUUCACUCCCCCAAAGACUGAAAGGAUACAAGGUAAUCAAAGGUCAUUGAGUUAUCUGUCAAAAUGAAUACAUGUAGAAUCAAUACAUGCAGAAUCAAUGUUUGUAAGAUUAAGGGAACUGUUCAUGGCAUGCUAGUUCAAUUUGUAACAAAAGGUUUUGUUUUUUUUAAAUAUAUAAACGCAUGUCUUGCCUUGUUAGCUCAACUGAGCUAUGUGUUUGAUCAUUCUAUACUUUACGUACAGUAAAGGACUUGCAGCUAUGUGAAAUGUGUCUGAAGAAAAUGACAAGGCUCGCUAGCAGUGGUGUACAUUGUUGCAGUUUGGUUUUUUUAUGUUAUUUUAUCGAUACGGACUCUGUGUUGGAGGGGAGUGUGCUGUUUGUGUAUU